AUGAACUGCCUAAGUUUCUUUCUUUUGAUCUUCGUUGCUGUCGCUUAUGCUUCACACCAUGAAGAAAAUUAUGCUCCAGCUCAUUACAAAUUCGAAUACGGUGUCCAUGAUCCUCAUACCCACGACAUCAAGUCUCAACAUGAACACAGGGAUGGUCACAAAGUGAAUGGAGGCUACACCCUUAAGGAAGCCGAUGGCACCACUCGUAUUGUGGAAUACAUUGGAGAUCACCACAACGGUUUCCAAGCGAUCGUCAAGAGAAUCGGCCAUGCCCAGCAUCCCGCUCAUUAUGGACAUGGUCACGGUGAUCACGGUCAUGGACAUGGAGGAGUUGGCGGUACCAGCUGGGUUGGAGUCACUCAUUAUGGAUAUAAACACUAA